AUGCUCACCCUAUCUCGCAUUGGAUGUUUGGUGUAUAUAUUUAUUAUUGUAAUUGGUAUCUGUGAUGGAAUUAAAAGGGAUAAGUUUAAGAGAAAGGUUCAUGUUAUUAGUGAAGUUGCAAACAAUAAGUUUUCAUAUAAAAAUGUGACAGCAAAUAAUAAAGAAGAAAAAAGAGGAUUUCUGUCACCUGGUAAUAUCUUCUCACUGGGUAAAGUGCUCAAUUUCUUCCCCGUUGGUGGUGAGAAGGAAUGCCAGCCGUCUGGUUUUACUAUUGCGAGAGCAGGGAUCUGCCUCAACCCGUACGACUGUCGUCAGAGAGAUGGAAAGGCUUCUGGUGACUGCGCACAUGGGUUCGGCGUGUGCUGUGUUUUCGAGGUGACAUGCGGGGCAGUCGUGCAGAAUAAUCUGACAUAUUUCAUGUCACCAGGAUUCCCAGAACUCUGGACUGGGGAGAAGGAGUGUGCUAUCAACAUCGAAAAGACUCAUGAGGGCAUCAUGCAGUUGAGAAUAGACUUCGUUCAUUUCACUAUUGGUCAGCCUAAUAGAAUAACUGGGGAGUGUGACGAAGAUGCCAUGAUACUUGGGGAAGGUGCUACAAAUUUUACUUUAUGCGGACAAAAUCACGCCCAACAUAUAUAUUACACUCUAUCAAGCAGUAGUGAGACACGAGAAGCGGGGGAACUACCGAACACUAAGUCCACGCCCUUGGUGAUACGCAUGCGCGGUAGCGAUAUGCCACGUAUUUGGAUGUUACGUCUGGCACAAAUGCCGCUUGCGCAGUCAUCACCUCACAACUGUCUUCAAUACUAUGUAAAUGAUAAUGGUACUUUAAAAACGUUUAACUAUGCGUCAAAUGGGCGUCACCUCGCUAGUCAAGAAUAUAGAGCAUGCGUCCGAAGAAAUGUUGGCUUCUGUUCGAUCAGAUACACGCCAUGCGACAGUCGCUCCUUUAGGAUCGGACCUAGAGGCGAUACUCCCGUACAAGCUGCCACAGAACAGAUGGACCAAAUGAUGCCAAUCAACGACCAGCCUAUUCAAGAGGAAGAAGAAGAAGGAUCCGGUUCUGAUCCAGAGAUGAUUGAAACUUCAACUCCUCGACCAGGGAUCUUGACUAGGAUCUGGAGUUAUAUCUGGCCGUCUUGGGGGCAGAGAUCCUUAUGGGGCUGGUCUCCGUAUCUCCAACACUACAGCGAAGAGAAACUGAAGUACUACGGCUACGGGAAUUACAUAAGUGACGGCUUCGGGCGAUUAAAAUGUACGGAUAGGGUGACGAUACCGUGUGAAAAUGAAUAUUUUGUUUCGUCGCAGCACUGGGGAGCGGGUGUGUGCGACCCGCACCACUGCGGCGCCUCGCUGUGCCCGCGCGGAGACACGCAGGGCUGUCGCGUCGACACGUCCAUCACGCCCUACGCCGUCUCCGUGCACUUCGGUCCCCCCACCAUCAAGCCGAAUCCGGAGGACAACAUCGGCAUGUGCCUGCGGUACGCCCAGAUACCUUGCGAAUCGUGAUACCGUUUGCACAAUGCACUUAGCUUAGCUUAAAUCGCUUAGAUAUUGUAAAUAUAAAAUUGAUCUGAGGUUUUUUAGAAUACAUUAAAAAAACCUGAUAUGUAUUAAAUAAGGGGUACUUUUUUAACUAUAAAUUUAAAUCGAAGGGUUAAUCGAGACCGUUCACUGGACACCUGUCACUGGUCAUUCUGAUCAACGGCUAUAUAUACUAAACAUUGUCCUUAAUUUAUGUAUUA